AUGUCGAACAGCAAACCAGUCCAUCUUAAUAUAAGCAUUAACCCUCUGUGUCCAUCCGGUGCUAUUUCUGACUUGUAUGAAGUAGUGGAUGCUAUCGGGUCAAUGACAAUCUAUGAUAUCGACGAUCUUGAAGCGAACCUCAUCAUGGACCUCACAAGGGCCAAACGAGACGUUUUCAAUGCAGAGAAGAAGCUUGCUGACUGCUUGCUCCGUGAACACGAAGUCAUGGCCAGUCUCUCAAAUAGUGAUGUGCACGGCCCGGCUUCAGGCCGUGGGCCGGCCAAAGCCGAGCCUGAUUAG